UUUUACACUCGGCUGCCUUGAAUCACAAUGUUGCACAUUAAUUGCUCACGCCCUUUCUCUAAGUACUUUUUGUUACGUCAUUCUUUCACGCACACGAUUGGUUUGUGUUUACCUAGUGUGUAAAACAAUGUCAGUCAUAAAUAGCGGCUUUUUAAUUGAACAUAGUUUAAUAUAUGACGCCUAUUAUUUCCACUCCACCAACCAUAACGUGGAAGAAUAAAUGCACCAUAUUAAAGGAUUAUUAAUCAAUUAAAAACGAUAAACGUAUUGAUCAUACGAUAUUGAUGUUAUCUCUCCCUUUUACUAAUUUUCACCUUAGCUCUGUUUUGCAAUUGAGCAAUGCAGGGCCAAAGUGCUGCGAUACUGUUCAUUAGCAACAAACAUUUUUUUACGAGGGUUAUUUUUAUAUAUACCAUCGUAUCUCUCAACCAGCAGAAAUCCUAUUUGGACAGUGUUUUUCCUUGUGUGAUGAUUAUGGACUUUUCACAGUUAAAGCAAGUCGAGGACAUCCAGUACGUCAGUAUCAUUAAUUGGUAUAUCCAGUUUCAACGCAAUGAGGACGUUUUAAUGUCCACUCUUCUUUAAUACCUACACCGAUGACUUGUAUCCUGAUGGUCAAAGGCCGAUCUCAAUUAACCACUGGGUCAAUUAUUGACUGUCUAUUGCUCAAUAUUGACUGUAUAUUGCUCUCCUAUUGUCUGUGCAAUAAUAACGAAGAUGAUUCCUGACAGCUGUAAACAUUUUUUGAUUACCUGAUACUGCGUUGUUGAUUUAUUCAAUUUGCUGUCAGCUUUCAGAGAGAAUUCAGCUUUGUUGUGAUAAUUGGACGCCUAUGGCGGGAGAACAAUAUGUCUGCAACAACCACAGCUGAAUUAAUUAGAACAGUUGGAAUUGGCCCCGUCUAUGAUCAGUACACAGAGAUUCAACCCGAAAACAGUAUAAAUAUAUCCACCAUUAAUAGGUGAGUCUAGUUUUUACACGAGCUGUGAUAAGCCUUAGAUCGAGAGAACAAAGUGCAGCGCUGUCUCCACCGGCAAGAUGUUUAAUAAUACCUCAUGGCCUGGAGAUUUUCCUGGAGAUGUUUCUGAAGAUGAUGAGUGCAGCUUGCUCCCAGUGCUGAACUUGACUUCGGAGAAAGCUGCUAAGCCAUAUCUUCUGAACUCGUCUACCAACAUGACUGUCCUAGCGACUAUGUUCAUCAUACUGGCAGUCGGCGUGCCAGGAAACCUUGCCUUCAUCUAUCUGAUCUAUCGCGUCAAGCAUAUGCGGAAUGCUACCAACAUGUACCUGACCAGCUUGGCUGUGGUAGACUUAGCCUUCUUGUCUAUCACCAUUUUUACCUACUACUUCUAUUUUACCAGCCCGGUACGAACUCAUCUGACCACUGCCAAGAUAGUGGGAUGUAUCGGUGCGUUUUGUAUGCCGUACGUCACCUACUUCGUCUCGGUGGCCAACGUGACGCUGGUUUCCUUAGACAAGUACAACGCUAUUUGCAGCCCGAUUAAGUACAUUCAAAGACGAAACAAGGCUCGUGCGUCCAAGUUAAUCGUAGGAAGCUGGAUCAGUGGCGUGGGUCUUGCAGCACUUGUUAUGCUCCGCUACGGGAAACUUGACAUGUAUUGUGCCGUGUGGCCAGACAAGAAAAGGUACCGAAAUCUCCCGGUUGUUCUCGGAUACUGCGUACCGGUCUCCUUUGCUGGACUCGUAAUCGGUCAUCUAGUCGAGGUGAUUGUCUUCAUACUCGCUCUAGUGUCCAAUAUGAUCAUGUACACCCGGAUUAUUAUUCGUCUCAGCGCCCGAAUCGACAAUAAGAAGCUUCAACAGCAGACCUUGUCGAGUCAGGCACUCCAGGUACGUAACCAAGUGGCUAGACUACUGAUUGCUAAUGGGGUAGUGUUCUUCUUAUGCCAGACACCAUUCCAGGCCGUCUCUCUCGCUUUCGUCAUCGGAGAGGCCAUUGGCACACCUAGAAAUGUCUUAUACCGGAAACUGGUCCUCCCUCUAAGCAUCGGUCAUAUGCUUGUGUUUCUGAAUUCAGCCAUAAACCCCAUCAUCUACAACCUCGCAAGUAGUCAUUACCGUAAGGCUUUCAAGGAGGUACUCUGUGUUAGUAGCAGGAGAAAGAAGCCACGGCCGCUGGGUCCAAGCCUUCAACUGCAUGGUAUUGACAAUGAAUGCUUUGAGGACAGGGAGCAAGCUGAGGGGUUGGGUUUAUCACCCAGCAUGACAAAACUUUAAGACUUGUGGACAGCUACACUGGACCCUUAUGCCGUGUUUUGUACUCGUAUAGAAAAGCUCAAGUUACUUCUUGUAUUUUCGUUUCUGAUUGUGUGAAAUGAGUCUCUCUGUGCAUGCAUAUAUAUAGUAGCACAUUUUGAACCCCUUGUGUUUAGUGGUUUUCGUUUAAAUGAUUUUUAACAGUAUAAAACAUGUUUCAAACGUUUUUGGAAUUCAAAGUAAGCUAUAAUUGUACAUAGUUAAAACUACGUCGUACAGAUUUUGGAUGCACUGGUAUAAUAUGAGGCGAAAUAUGAACUAUUGAAAAGUUAGACUAUACUGAAUGCACAUAGGUUGAAUGGAGACACUGAAUCGAUCGAGUACGAGAACUAGGCAAUCGAAAUAUGUACCAGUGAAAUUGGCCUAAGACAGGCUCAUUCACCUGUGAGUGUAGAGAAGCUGACUAUAGCAUGCACUGCGACCCAUAUGCCCACUACUGCAAAAUCCAUGUAGCUCAAGAAAUGUUGCUAAGGUCAAUGAUAACUCAAAGCGGUGCGUGGACAAAUGCAAAGCUAUACCAUAUUGCACGAAUCGAAGUUUUGAAAGAAGAAUUAUUUGUAUUCUGCAAUCAAUCAGCCAAAGGUCUUGCAACAUUGGUAUAUUAUGAUAACUCAAAACAGUGUGUGGACAAAUGAAAAGCUACAUCUCACCAUUUGCAUCGAAGUUUUGACAGCAGAACGAUAACAAAUGCUCGAACGAAAUGCUUUCAAUAUUUUUUACACCACACAAAUAGAUCCUUGUCAUUUGAUUUUGGUGACAUUCAACAAAAAGUAGACACGGAAACUUGUUCACCCCACACUCUGAAAAUUAUACAAAAACCUCUUCUAGACAACGUGGUUGACUCCAUGUAAAGAUACAACCUUGUCCGCCGUGACACGACCUUGCCUCGUUUUGAGAUAUGGUUGGGAACGAUUAUUUUGGGGCACGACGCUGCAAAGCGUCAACCAAUCCAUAGUGGACUCCAAUAUUAUAGCCCAUAGAUCGUCAUGUAGUAUGUUCGGCAAAGGACGAGACAUGGUCCGUGUUCAACUGAUCAAAUGACAAGAAUCUGUGUGCGUGGUUUUAUUAUAAUAUCAACACAGAGACAACAACAUAUUCAUUUGUAAUAUACAUGCAUUGUAAAUAUAUAUUUUCAAUCAAAAAAUUAAGUGCCCUUAAAUUAUAAUUAUACUUGUGAAAUAAUAUAUUAUAAACUGGGGAAUAACAAAUAGUUUUUGGGGCCAUACGAUUGGAACUAUUAUUACAAGCCAGACAAUCUUUUGAUAUAGAUGUAUAUAAUGGAAUGGAAACUUCAAACGUUCAACUCUAAACCGUUUGUGAUAUGUUUGUUAAUUUUGAACAUUUUAAAAGAAAAAUACUAAAAACCGGAAUCAGGUUACCUGAGCUCUAGAAUUUUUGUUUAUAUCAUUAUUUUGUGUAUCACCAUCUGAG